GGUAUGCUCUGUUUCAAAGCCUAGAGGCUCCUGCUUCUCAGAAAAGCACUCAUUCAAUGGAGAAAAGGUCUUCUACUUCAUGGGGUUGGAGUAGCCCUCAAAGUCUCCAACAGUCUCAAUGGCUUCGGAUCAAUCUAUCUGAAUUAGACAAGAAAAUAAAGGCAAUGCUGACACUGAUAGAAGAUGAUGGUGAUUCUUUAGCCAAGAAUGCAAAGAUGUAUUAUAGGAGGAAACCGAAACUUAAACAAAUGGUUGAAGAAUUCAACAGAGCUUACCGCUAUUUAGCUGAGAAAUAUGACCAGUUGUGGUCCGAAUCAACUCAUGUCCAGACCUCAGAGUUUUCAUCUUCUUCUUCAAACUCAACAGAAGUCCACCAUGGUAACAAAAAUGUUGUAAGCUUUGAUUAUUCUAAAUGGGAGGCCUUCCAUUUGCAUCCUGAAUCUGUUGUUGAAUGUGACAACCUUAACCUUGAUUUUGAACCCUUGGAUUCUGAUAAAAAGCUUGGAAACACAGAUAAAAUGACAGGUACAGCCACUGAUUUAUCUGAUAAAGGAGAUAUUCCUAGGAAGAAGGAUGGCUAUGAAUUAAGCAGGAUUGCAGUUGGAGAGUUCCCAGCAUGUGGUCCUGAGCAAGAGAAUACAUGGUUGGAACUGAGGUUUCAAGUUAUGAAGCUUAUGGAAGAAAAUCUGCAGCAGCAAGCAGAGUUGAUAAGAAGAAAUGAUGAAAAUAGAGAAACCAUUAAAGAGCUUCGGUUCGAGCUGGAACGGUUGAAGAGUGAGAACAGGGCCCUCCAGAGUUGUCUCAGAUGCUCAAAAGUUGAUGUGAAGCACAACCGAUCUCGCAUAUCAAAACUGAAAGGACUAGUGCUCAGUAAGUUCUUCAGAGAAAGUUCGUCAUGA